AUGAAUGAAUAUCAAGAAAGGAUACGCAGUGAAACAAUUGGUGUAGAAAGAUAUAGUUUUCCAUAUAUGAUUAAAAGAUUUUCAUACUUAUAUAAACCAUAUUUAUUUACUGAUGAAAGAGAUAAAUUUUACAAUGAAUUUUUUAAAAAUUCUAAUAAUUAUAUAACUAAUGAAAUCUUAGAAUAUGAAGAAGUACAUUUAUUACGUAAAAAUAUACAAAAAAAACCAAUAAAAGAAAAUGUUAUGGAAAUUAUAAGUUUUAUUAAUUUAAGUAGAUUUGACAGUCUAUUUAUAAAAAAUAUUAUUUUUAAAAACAAUUACAUUAAUCAAUGUGAAUAUGCUUUAAUUGAGUUGUUUUUUAAAUUAUCAGAAAAAGUAGAUUUAAUCAAUAGUGAUGAUGAUAUAAAUAUUGAUGAUAUAUCUAUAUCGUCUAAUAUUUUUACAGUAAUAGAUCUUUUUAAAAUUUGUGGUAUAGAUGACAAUUAUGAUUAUUUUGAACCAUAUGAUGAUUCAACAGAAUGUUUAUUUUUUAAGAAACCACUUAAACCAGGAGAUCGUUUAUAUAUUUUUGGUGGUUUAGAUAAUGAUAACAAAUAUUUUAAUUAUUGUAUUAGAUGGAAUAUUCCUUAUAAUGUUAUAACAUUAUCUAAAGAAAUUUCAUUAAAUUUAUAUGGUGGUAAUUGUAUUGUAGAAGAAAUAAAAGGUAGAAAUGUUUAUUUAUUUGGUGGAUAUGAAAAGAAUGAAAGUGAUAUAAAUGUGUUGUCAAAUAAAAUUAUAAAAUAUGAUUUGGUUGAUGAAACUCUCGAAAAUAUAGAAACUAAUUUAAUGUGUAAACGUGUUAAUGUUGGUUUAUGUAAAGAAAAUGAUAAUUAUUUUAUAUAUGGAGGAUAUAAUGAACAUGAAGAUGUAUGUUGUGAAAUUGAAGAAAUAUCAUUCCCCAAUGAUUCAACUAAAAUUGAAAUUAAAAUAAUAGGAAAAGCUUCUUUUAGAAAAUUUGACAAAGUUGGAAAUGGAAUAAAAUGUGAAGAUUUUAUUUAUACUAUUGGAAAAAGAUUUAAUGAAAAUUAUCUUGUACAAAUUAAUUUUAAUGUAGAUGAUAGUAAAUGGAAAAUAUUUAAACUUCCAAAUUUAUUUUUUGAUUCUAAAUUAAUUCCACACAAAAAUUUAAUUAUUUGUACAGGGGGAACAAAUAUAUAUGGAGAGAUACAAAAAACUGCUUUUAUGGUAAAUGUUGAUAAUGGAAAUAUUAUAACUCUUCCUGAAAUGAAUUGUAAACGAAGAGAACAUGGAAUAUUUAUAUUUAAUGAUUAUUUAUAUGUUUUUGGUGGGUCAACUGAAGAGAAUAUGUCUUGGGAAAGAAUAUUUAUAAAAUCUCCUGAUCAAUGGAAGAUAUGUUACUUUGAAGGUCUUAAAAACAUAAGAAAUUUUUGUUUUACAACUUUAAUUAAAAGUUAA